CCGGGCUCUUUGUGGGGCCGCGAGCUCGGUGGAGAACCAAGAGCUCCGUCUGCUUUGCGGACGCAGCUGGCAGUGGGGCUGUCUCCGGAAGGCGGACGGGCGAACGCCCAGUGCCGGCACUCGGACUCCUGCUCCUUGCCUGCCGCGCUGGUCUGCGUCCGUGACAUCCUUACUCGGGACUCAGUGACCGUUUUUAAAUCACAAGGGCGUGGGUCAGCCUCCCCUAGGACUUCAUGUCUGUAUAUUUCCCCAUUCACUGCCCUGACUAUCUGAGAUCGGCCGAGAUGACUGAGGUGAUGAUGAGCACCCCAUCCAUGGAAGAGAUUGGCCUCAACCCCCGAAAGGAUGGCCUUUCCUAUCAGAUCUUUCCCGACCCGUCAGAUUUCGACCGUUGCUGCAAACUGAAGGACCGUCUGCCCUCUAUAGUGGUGGAGCCCACAGAGGGGGAGGUGGAGAGUGGGGAGCUCCGAUGGCCCCCCGAGGAGUUCCUGGUCCAGGAGGAUGAGCAGGACAACUGUGAAGAGACAGCGCCAGAGAACAAGGAGCAGUAGAGUCCUCGCUGACGCCUGGCAGGUCACAGCAGACAGCAUUUGUACCUGAACUGUGUUCUUUCCCAUUGUGAUGGAAGAAGAGAGUGAGCCACAAGCGUUCUGAAAUGUCAGACAAUGGCUUUCGUUUUUGCACCUGCAAAUCACUGAGUUGGUCUUCUUUUCUUUUCUUUUCUUUUCUUGAACUGUGUUGGGCUGUGGAGCCCUCUGGGACACUUUGCAAGGCCUUCUGAGAAAGGAAGCUGCUUCGAGCAGGGGUGGGGGGUGGGAAACUGUGCGUCUUUGAGAUCAUUAUCUGAACUCAAGCAACUCGAGGCCGUGGUGGGAUUCCAGUGGGCUCUGGGGGUGGGGGGGCGGGGGGAAUGUGCACGGCGAACAAGGAACAUUUGAGGUAAGAACACAAACAUGAGAUGAAAGAGAAAAUACACGUUUUAAAGAAAACAUUGAGCAGAGAAGUACAGCCAGGAAGUACUGCUCAGUGAGCAUUCACUCUGGCUGCUGGGGCGUCAGACAACAAAAUCUUCAUCUCUCUCCCGGGCUUCCCCCACCACUAGCCUUUGCUUUUAUUCCAGGUGUGUUGUCUGUUUCAGGGGACGCGGGUAAAGCAGUGCAGUAGAAGCUCACUGCCUGCAAAGCCAGCUGGAGGAGAUGCUCGGGAAAGGAAAAGGCCUCCCAUUCCUUUUCCACGGACCCUCUGCUCUCGGCUCUAGCAGGUUCACAUACCAGCGGUAAUCUGGAGAUUUUCUUUUAAGAGGCAGGGCUUUUGAGCUUCUUUCCCCUGAUUUAUCCUUUUUGCCCCCUAGCCCUUUUGAGAGUAGUGAGAAUACUUCCUGCCCUUGUUGGAGGACCGAGGUGGACGCUUGGACAUGAAGGUUCCUUCCCAAUUGUUCCUCCCAGACUUGCUUUCUGUCUUAGCAGAGCUGGCAGGCAAUCCUCGGCUGGCCCUUCCUUCUCCUUCCCACCCCUCGCCCCCCACCCCCAGGCACAGCCAUCAGGAAAAGGUGGCUCCCAGCCAUGCAGUGGGUUCCAGCCAGCCCGACCAGCCACAGUACCCGCUCCCAUGGGGGCUCUUGGCCUGUUUUUCUGGUGAGAGCUGAGUGGAGACCAGAGGAAGCUUUUUCUGUUUCUUGUGGGGAGGUGAGCUUUACUGCAGGUCCCAAGAGCUGGCAAAGCCUGGGAAUUGUUAGACGAGGGUGAGGAGGCUCGCGUGCAGCAGCCUGGGGAUCAAGUUUAAAACUGAAGGGCGUCAUGAGAUCCUUGGCUUCUCCCCGCGUGUUCCUGGAUGCAGGUGGGGGGACGGUGUGGUGAGGGAGCGUGGAGCAGUUGUCCUCCUCCCUUCCCACCUGCCCCACCUGUCCCCUGCAAGGGCACAGUUGCGUGAGAAAGAGCCUUGGACUGAGAGCUGCUUCUCAUAGUUCAGAACCACGAGGAGCAGCAGGUUGCAGGACAAACUCUUCAAACCAUCUCCAGCUCAGAACAGAUUAUGCCACCAAGAGGUUCGAGAGCCUCCCUGGGGCUGAACUGGCCCAACCAAGGCACCCACGUGCCCCCUUGGGUUUCUGGUCAGUCCAGGUUGACCCUGGUUUUGGACUGGAGUGUGGAGUUGUAUUUAAUACCUCAAGGUUUGUGUGGCUCUCGGGAACGUUGGGCAGUAGGACCAGUGUGUGCUGUUGACACAUGAGCAGGAUUUGGUUUUGGGAAGUUGCCUCUCCCCCUUCCUCCCUUCUGCCCCACUGCUCCCUUCCUCUGUGUUGUCUGCUUGUGUUACACACACUGAUGGCAAUAACUUCUUCCAGCUCCUUGAGGAAGUGGGAGAGGCCUGCAGCCUGCACUGCUGGGUGUUUCUCUCUCUUGCUCUCCCUUUCCUUCGGUUUUGGCUGCAGAGAGCCUUUCCUCCUGACUCUCAUUCCCUCACAGCAGCAUUUCUCAUCCUGUGCCUCCCUUGUGGAUGGGGUCUUGCCUUUUAAAAUUCUGUGUUUCCGUGUCCGCCUCUCAUCUGCGCCCCUGUAUCAUCUGUCCGUGUGAUGGGAACGUGCUUGUAAACUGCAUAACAGAUCUACUUUGUGUAUUUGUGUGUUUAUGGGGGUGGUUUAUU